AUGACAUUUCAAAUUCCUGUAAAAAGAAUCAUCACCAAAGAGCAUCUUGAAGAAUUUUUAAAGUCUGAUGCCUACAGUACUUAUAUUGACUACAUCUUGCGUUUGAAUGAAUCUGUCAAAGGCCAAAAAAUUGACAAGGAGCUUCCUGCGUCUGAUAACGUCAAAAAGAUUUUGAAAAUCUUAGAUCAACUCGCACAAUGGGUGACAGAUAUCCCUCCUGUCGAGAACUCAAAGUCUCGCUUCGGCAAUCCUUCAUUUCGAGUGUUUUACGACAAAGUUCAAGACAGUUUGAAUGACCUGAUGGGCCGCUUAGUAGAAGAAGAAGCUAUCAAAGAAGUUGGAAGGUACUUUUUGGACAGCUUUGGAGACCGUAAGCGGAUAGAUUACGGAACAGGUCAUGAAGCCAAUUUUAUGGCAUGGCUGCUGUGCUUGGAGAAACUCAGUGUACUUACAAAAGAAGACGAUAAGGCUGUAGUCUUGAAGGUCUUUGUAAAGUAUAUCGAAUUGAUGCGUAAAUUGCAGUUUGAGUAUUGGUUGGAGCCUGCUGGAUCCCACGGUGUAUGGGGUUUGGAUGAUUAUCAUUUCUUACCAUUCUUAUUUGGUUCAUCUCAGUUGAUCGACCACAAGUACAUUCGCCCCAAAUCUAUUCACGAUUCUGAGAUUGUUGAAGAAUUUUCAAAAGAUUAUAUGUACCUUGCAUGUAUUCAUUUCAUCAACACUGUCAAGACAACUGCCUCUCUCCGUUGGCACUCACCCAUGUUGGAUGAUAUAUCUGCGUGUAAGCUAUGGUCCAAAGUGAACCAAGGAAUGAUCAAGAUGUACAAGGCAGAAGUUCUUGGAAAACUUCCAAUCAUGCAACAUUUCAUGUUUGGUAGUAUUAUUCACUUUGAAGGUGGUUCGAUCAAUGCAGAAGGUACACAAGGUGACUGUGGGCAUGUUCAUCAUCACGCACAUGAGAAUUCUUCUCCUGGAAUUCCUUCCGGUGAUGUUUAUGCUCUUGGCCAAGAACCUCCUCCGUGCUGUGGUAUCCCUGUCCCGAGUGCCAUUGCUGCUUCUGCGAUAAGGAACAGAAAUAAUAAUGGUCCUCGGCCUAUCCCUUUCGACUAGUUUAUGUACUAGUAACUUUAUUUUGUGGGAUAGAUGGCCAAUACAUAUUUCCAUAAUUGAAUUUAAAUUUGAAAAUAUAAUCUUACUAUAAUGUCCUGUAUCUAAUAAUUAACUUUAAAGCUUG